AUGGACGGACAAGCAGAGGGAUCGUCCCAGUACAGGCGCGUUCAUCUCCCUCCGCGUUCCGAGUACCGUUUCGAGCUCGAGCCGCACGAGAGACUGUCGAUUCGACUCGUCCAGGGCCGCACGCAAAGCGGUGAGGACCCGGAUGCCGAGAUCUUCGGUGCUGAACUUGUUGGUGGAUCGCAGGAACGAUGGUAUCCUUUCGGAGAUGAGGCUAAAGCUGCUGUCUCUUCGUGGAGAGGAGCCGAGAUCGAAGUUGCCGGAUCCGCUUCUACAGAAUACCUCGCCGAGGAACCAUCUCCGGUUUAUACGGCAUAUUCCAACUUGCACCUCUACCUGGAACGCAAACGUAUUCAAGCACGUCAAGCACUGAGAGCUGAUGCAAAGCUGCUCACGACACUGGCGAGCUCGGUCCUCGACCCUAGCUACAUCGCUCCUCGCACUACAGACCCGAAUACCGAGACCGAAUCCGAUCCGAGUGGCACGGCGGCGGCCACCGUGUAUCGACCCGAGGGACAGGGUCCGAGAGUCAUGAUUCUAGGUCCCGAGUCGGCAGGCAAAACAAGUUUGGUCAAGCUUCUCGCCAACUAUGCGCUUCGGUCGCCCGCUGUCGCUAGUCUUGGGAAAGGCGAAGCGGCCAAAGUGGCCGAAAGUCUGCGCACAGGUGGAGACGGUAUCAUCUAUCCCAACAUGGAGGACAACUUAUCAGAAGAAGCCAAGAAGCAGAAGCGCGAGGAGGAAAAGAGGAGCGAUAUCACCGGAUGGUGGCCCGUCGUGGUGAACCUUGAUCCGAGCGAUGGUGCGCCGCCGCUGCCGUGCUGUCUGUCGGCUUUGCCACUGUCUCCGCUCCCGCUCGCAUCGUUGCCAUCCGCUUCUCCGGCAUACGCAUUCGGUACCAACACAAGCACAACAGGUGCGAUCCCACCAGGCACAUCGACUGCCCACGGAGUGGCUCCGCUCUCACUCUGGCUCGGAAAGGAAAACCUACGCGAAAAUGAGCGUCACUUCCGCCGUGUCGUCGACUGGCUUGCAGAGGGAGUCGAACGCCGAUUUGCACGCGAUUUCCGGUCACGCAUGUCGGGUCUCAUCAUCGACACUCCAGGCGUUAUCACUGCAGAUGCACGUAACAAAUACGCCUUCAUCCAACACUGCGUCAAAGCGUUCAAGGUCGAUACGAUUGUCGUGCUCGGCCAUGAGAAGCUCAAUUUGGAGAUGACCAAGCUGUUUGCGUCUCCUGCGGUCACCACAGUCGAAACAGCAGAGAUCCCAGGAUCAGCAGGACAGCGCUUACCUAGAGUCAACGUGAUCAAGCUUCCCAAGAGUGGAGGCGUAGUCGAGCUGGACGAGACCUAUCGAUCGCGCCUCAAAGCUCUGCAGGUGAAAACCUACUUCUACGGUGGGUCCACCUCUGGUUCUGCCAACACGGACGGCGGGGUUCCGAAGCCCGUUCUACCGGGACACUCGGACCCUUUGGGUGGCGUACCCUCUCUCAGCCCUUACAGCACCACGAUCCCGUUUGAUUUGCUGGAAAUCUACAAGGUCGGCCAAGAGAGUCUCGCUCCAUCCUCGGCCUUGCCCAUCGGGGCGUCACGUACUGUCACCGAGACGCAGCUUGUCAAGUUGGAUCCGACCAACUCGGCGGCUGAUCAGACGAGCUUGCUGCACAGUGUCCUGGCUCUCAUCCAACCACCACGCGGCGGAGGUGGAGCAGGACAGCCAGAUUCUUCCACAAACCCGACCGACGAUGAGAUCAUCGGUGCGCCCAUUCUGGGCUUUGUUCACGUCGCAGACAUCGAUACUGUCCGUAAGAAGAUAACCGUACUCUCUCCUAGCGCAGGAAGGCUGCCCAGCAAGACGGCCAUUAUCGGCUCAUUGGAUUGGCAGGACGUGUGA